AUGGCGAGCUUCAAACUUCCCGAGCUCCAACCGGACAACGAUCUCUGGGGUCCCGCUUCGGGCUCCAACGCUCUCCCUGCUGAGCUCAAGGACAUCCCGUUUGCUCCUUAUGCUAAGAACGACAAAGUAGGCCGCAUCGCCGAUUGGAACAACGCCUCUGGUGCCUCAAACGAUGCUGCUAACGCCCGUGGUGGUCGACAGGGCCGUGCACGUGAUGUUCAGCAGAACUUUGGCACUUCGGCCGCCUCUUCUGCGUUUGCUUACUUCCAUGGUGAUGACGAAGCCUCGUUCUCGGUUGUCGACAAUACGCGCACCGUGGCUUCUCGACGCGGCGGCUUGGGCCAGAUGAGCCAGCGUGGCGGUCGUGGUGGUCGUGGUGGUGCUGGUGGUGCUGGUGCUGCCGGUGGUCGUGGCGCUUCCAAGUUCGGGGCUGGUGCAGGACGCGGUGCCCGCGGCGGUCGUGGUGGCGCUGCUGGUGCCCGUCGUGGCGGUGGACGAUUCGGUUGGAAGGAGUGGGACAAGCCUCAGCGUAUUCGCGAAGCCUCGGUCACCGUGGGUCAGGAUUGGGAGCAGGUCGAGGAGAUCGACUUUGUUCGUCUCGGUAAGCUUCGCCUGGAAGUCGAAGAGCCUCAAGACAUUUCGUCGUACGGUUCGCUGUUCGAGUACGACCGAUCGUACGACCGUGUCACUGUCAAGACAGCUCAAAGCCUGUCGUCGAUCGACCGCAUUCGAUACAACACUACUACUUCCGAGGACCCGGUGAUCCACGACAUCUCGGCCAAGGAAGAUGCUCAGAUCUACAUGACCGAUUCCAUCCUUGCGCUGCUCAUGUGCGCCACUCGUUCGGUCUACUCGUGGGAUGUUAUCAUCACCAAGACCGCCGACGGAAAGGUGUUUUUCGACAAACGUGACGGUGGAGCUUUCGACUACCUUACCGUCAACGAGAACGCCGCUGACCCGCCGAGUGAAGCUUCCGAGGGCAAGGAAAACGAAGCAGCUGCCAAAGCCAACGCGAUCAACACCCCCUCGGCUCUCAGUCUGGAAGCCACCUACAUCAACCAGAACUUUGCCUUCCAGGUCGUCAACGAGAAGAAUGUGUACAAGCUCGAGCACGAAAACCCGUUCUAUUCCUCGGACGAGACGGCUCCUUUAGCAUCGUGUGCGUAUCGAUACCGCAAGUUCAACCUGUCUUCGGAAGAGUCGGACCCUGUCGAGCUGGUUGUCCGUACCGAAGUCGACGCCUACACUGUGGGAGCGUCCAAGGAGAAGCAACUGAUCACCAUCAAGUCGCUCAACGAAUUCGACGCGCGUGCACAGGGGGCAGGUGGUGCGCUCGACUGGCGUCUCAAGCUCGACUCGCAGCGCGGUGCGGUUGUUGCCACCGAGAUGAAGAACAAUUCGUUCAAGCUUGCCCGAUUCGCCGUCCAGUCGCUGCUCGCUGGUGCAGACAGCAUGAAGCUGGGUUACAUUUCGCGUGCUAACCCCAAGGAUACCUCGCGCCACAUGAUCUUGGGCACCUCGUGGUUGAAGCCUAGGGAACUCGCCGCUCAGAUGGCCGUCAAUCUCAGCAACGGUUGGGGUAUCGUCCGCACCGUAGCUGAUUUGGCCCGAAAAGCCGAACAGGGCAAGUACGUCUUGCUCAAAGAUCCCAACAAGCAGACCAUCAGGAUGUACCGCGUCCCCGCCAACUUUGGCGAGGAGAACGACGAGAUCGUCGAAGAGGACGAGGCCGACGAGUAG